AUGGCAACUAAUUUACAAGACCCCCAAUUCGAUAUAGAAUCUGGUGGUGGUGAUGGAACCGAGAUCGCGGUGUUGGUGGCGGAGGAGGUGGUGGAGAAGGGGAGGUUGUCCUCAGUUUCAGAUUUCUCAGUGGUGGAUCUGGGAAGCGGCGACAGCGGUGGUGGAUGUAAGGAUUGUAGGAUUUGUCAUUUGAGUUUGGGUGUAAACAGUGAAGAAUCUGAGAAUGGGAUUCCAAUAGAGUUGGGUUGUUGUUGUAAACAUGAUUUGUGUUGGGGAUCAGAAGGUAUUUGUGCAGCGGAAUUAGUGACUUGA